AUGUCCAGCCCGAGAGUGAUUCUACUCAGUUUCGCAGCAACUGCGGUAUCUGCUCAGUACGGGCCUGGUGGUCGCUAUGGGCCAGGUUCAGGAGGCAACUACGGUACCUACGGAGAUGACGACAGUUAUGGAUCUUAUGGAUCAUAUGGCGGCGGACGGGGUGGUGCAUCCCAAGCAUUUGUCAACAGUCGUCAAAAGAUCAUCGUGGCGCAUGGCGUCCUCGCUGCACUUGCAUUCGUCCUCUUCUUCCCCGUCGGAGCCAUCUUGAUCCGCGUAGGAUCCUUCCGUGGCAUGUGGCUUGUCCACGGUCUGUUCCAACUAUUCGCCUAUCUCGUAUACAUCGCAGCCUUCGGCAUCGGCGUUUGGAUGGUCAACAGCAUUCCUGUCAACUUGCUAGACAGCUACCACCCAAUCAUCGGAGUCGUGGUCUUCGUCUUACUAUUCUUCCAGCCUAUACUCGGCUUCGUCCACCACCUUCAGUUCAAGAAAUACAAUCGCCGAACAGUCUGGUCCUAUGGACAUCUUUGGCUUGGACGGGUCGUCAUCACACUGGGCAUGAUUAACGGUGGUCUCGGCUUACUUCUCGCUUCGGAUGCACCUGCGUUUACUGGAUUUGCUCCCAGCCGAGGCCAAGUUAUCGCGUACGGAAUCAUUGCGGGGUCUAUGUGGCUACUAUGGGUUGCUGCGGCUGUCUUUGGAGAGACGAAGCGAGCAAGAUCGAGGAAGUAUGCUGAAGGAUCACCGCCCCCAUACAAAGAGCACUAUGCGCAUCGAAUAUCGAAUUCAUCUUGA